AUGGACGGUGAAGAAGUCUACGUCGAGGACUACACUCACACGGGAUGCUACAUCUUCCAACCUGCCACAUCGCAACCCAUUGGUGAAGAAGAACAUGACGAGGUAGAGCGCAGGCCGCGAAAGAAACGCCGGACUACAAAUGAUGAGGCUACAAUUUCAUCGACUCCUCAAGACGGAUACACAUGGCUCCCACUUCUAAACGGUCAAGAACAUUCCUCCAGUAUCGACCUACGACGACAGACCUUCCACACGAUCUGGACUCGGUACCAGUCCAAAAUUGACGAUAUUGUAAAUCGACUAGAUGAACAAUUCGUGACACAGGUGUUGGACUAUGUUAACGGAGACCCUGCACGCAGAGGAAGACUGAAGACCGGUCUAAUCGUCUCUGGAACCACGAAAAAUGCGCAACGAGACCUAUCCCUUGGCUGGAACAAUGCUCCUCAGUCGUCGCAAGACAAGGACAGCAACGCCGAUUUACUCGUGCAACUCCAUCCAAAUGCAUCACCGAAUCUCCAAACCGCGUUGAAGAAUGUGAUCAAGCUAGCUAUAUCUCAACACGGUGGGGUCGAGGAAUAUACCAACUUUCUCACCCGACAAAAAGCGCUUAUCCCUAUGAAUUUCGAUCUCGAAUUAUUGCAGCGAUAUGUCAAGAAACACAAAAUCUCUCGGGUUGUGGUAUCGAUCCAAGACGUCGAGACCUUCGACACAGGAGUGAUUUCCGAACUCAUUUCAACUCUUCAUUCAUGGUCUGGACGGAUUCCAUUUAUUUUACUGAUCGAUAUUUCAACCACGGUCGAAUUAUUCGAAUCGAGACUUUCACGAUCGACAUGGUCUUUGCUAGAUGCACAAGUUUUUGAAUUGACACGGAACAAGCUCGACCCUCUAUUGGAACCAUAUCGCAUCUUCCAAUAUGACGACGACGACGCUGAUGUUUUUCUGGGACCUGGAGCGUUGAAUGUCCUCUCGGAGUUGGCCGAAGACCAAAGCACCAGUAUCGAAGGAUUCGUGCGAGCGAUCAAAUAUCUCAUGAUGACACAUUUCUUCGCAAACGCCGUCUCUGUCCUAGCCGCAAAGCCCAUCACCCGUCUAGACCCAGUCGAGAAUAAAAAUAUUUGUCAAGCGAUUCGCAACAUGCCUGAAUUUCAACAACGAUGCGACAGUCUCCUGAAAGACAGGUCAAAGAUUCAGAAAGUGCGCGAUCUUAUUGUGGCGGAUGAGCUUCUUCUGGAAGAUAGUAUCCAAACCGUGCGAGCUAAUCAAGCUGAGCUCAAGGCUCUACUCAAGGGAGUUCAUAUAUUACACACGAUUCACGACCUACUUCCACUUCCGCCUGUGCCACCAUUGAAGCUCGAAUCUGAUCUUCUCAGCAGACUCCCAAAUCUUCUCCAAUCAGACAUAUACCUAGACAUUGAGGACGCACUUAAGAGUCUUGACCGGGAAGAGUAUCGAGACUUUGUGGAUGCACUCAUCGUUGCAACUGAGGGGACUGAAUUCUCCAACUUCGAGGCCAUCGCAGAUGGGAAGGAGCAGGACGAGGAUGAAAAUUCGACUCCUGCAAUUCCCUUGCCUCUCAAACAACUAUCCUCAUCUGACGAUCACGAAGAUGAUAUUAAUACCACCAAUAGCCCAUCCACUUCACCAACACAUUUCAUCUCCCUCCUCCAAGCCUAUAUAUCCCACACGUCGAGGAACUCUUCUCAGAACCCAUGGACCACCUACCUCUCCACGGCAAGUACCAUCAACGGACGAAACCCACUCUCUUCCAUCAUUCACGCGGCUCCACGAUUCGCACUUGAACGAGCAUUGACACGACCGGCGGAUUACCUCAGUUGUGUAUGUUGCUCGACAACGACAAGAACGGCAAGCAUUCCUUCACGGUCGGAUUUACCUACCACUAGUUUAUUGUUGACACUGCUCAAUGAAGCGGGCAAUGUCGUCAAUGUACGGGAUUUGUGGGAUGCGUUUCGAGAGUCUUUGUGUUUGUCUCGGACGGGGUCCAGGUCGGGAUCGGGGUUGGCGUCUGCCAGAAUCAAGAAACGCUAUAUCAAUGGUGGUGAUAAGCAGGGUGUUGUUGAAGAUGGAGAUGAAGAAGCUGAUGACGACAACGACGACGACGACGACGACAUCAGCGGCGAUGGUGAUGAAGAUGACGAAUCUAAAGAACGACAGACCCUGGCUCUCUUCUACCGUGGUUUGGCUGAACUUCGUCAUUUGGGAUUCGUCAAGCCUAGCAAACGCAAGCCGGGCGUGGAUUGCAUUGCCCGAACAGUGUGGAUGGGUCUAUAG